AUGAAAGUUGCGCUAUGUUUUCAAACCAUUAUCGCGGCAUAUGCCGUAGGAGCCGCUGGAUUCUAUUUUAAUAUCGAUUACAAUGAUCAGCGGUGUUUCUACGAAACACUGCCGCAAAUGGCCUUGCUCAGUAUUAACUACGAACUUCUGAAUCAAGAAGCACGAUCAUGUGUCGUAAGGAUAUCCGAUGAUCAGAGGAAGGUAUUACAAAAUACAAACCUUAAGGAUGUACCGACCAGAGGUCGUGUGACAUACGUAGCCAAAGAAGAGGGACCUUACAAUGUGUGUAUCGACUGCCCGGGGCAGUUGUGGUACACGGCCCAAAUGGCCAAAAUUUCGUUAUCUAUCGAAAUAGCUGAUGGUAACGACAAAUACGGACGACACGCGCAAUACGACGUGGAUAAAGACACUACCGCUAAAAAGGAGGAAAUGAAGAACCUUUCUGAGGAGGUCAGCAAGUUUGCAGCCAAUAUCAUGAACAUCAAGAACCACCAGAGACUCGAAAACACCACUGUAAGAGAACUUCAUGAUACUUACAAGAGUAUGUACAACUACGUACUAUACUUCUACCUCGUGCAAUUUUUCAUCAUCGCAGCAACGGCUAUCUUCUCGGUAUACCACAUAACUAAGUUCUUCAAGGCAUAUAGGAUUGUCUAA